AUGCCCGGCCGCCUGCCGUUUUGGCCGCCCGGCACGUCGACCGGCGACUUGCCUGAUCCUAUCUUGCUGUUCCAUAAGCAGAGCGGUACAAAAGGACUAAGGCGACAGCAUGUCCCUCGCUCACCGCCAACGUUCUUCAAGAUGCGAGUCCUCUCCCUGAUCAGCCUGCUGCCGCUAGGCAGCCUCGCCGCAGUCCUCGCCACCUCUUCCCCGGAUUUCACCCAACCUCCGAUCGCCAACGUCUCGAACUACCCUAACGGUUCGCUCUUCUACCACUGGCGACCGCGCGCGCACUUCAUCCACCCGUCCAACCAGCUCGGCGACCCGACCGCGUUCUGGCAGGCCCCCGACGGCACGUCGCACAUCACCGCGCUCUACUCGUUCCUUCGUGGCACGGGCAACGCCUCGCUCUCGACAUCCGCUUUCUCCGGGUCAACCACUAAGGAUUUCGUGCAGUAUGAAGACCUUUCUGGCUGGCAGAAUCCUGUGCAGAUGGGACCAGGAAACGAAGUCGACUACAUCGCCGAUUUUGACGGUAGCGUCGUCGCGUCCGGCUACAAAGGUCUACCCACCUUGAUCUGGACUGCCGUAAAAGGCUUGCCGAUCAGCUGGACCAUUCCCUACGUCGACGGGUACGAGUCGCAAGGUCUCGCCUACUCGCAGAACCAGGGUAAGACGUGGAUCAAGCUCGAUGGUGGCGCCAACGUACCUGUCAUUCCGCGUCCGCCGUACAAGGGUGGGGUGGUCACCGGUUUCCGUGACCCAUACAUCUUUCGCAAUGCCCAAUUCGACAGCCUGCUCAACGUCUCCAGCGGGGAACCGAUGCACUAUGUGACGCUCUCUUCGGGUUUGCAUCCCGCCCAGCCCGGUCUGCCGGGGGUGUCAUUCGAACAGGCAGGACCCAGGGUUUGGUUGUACAAGCAAAGUGAACCGGGCAACUGGCUCAACUGGACUUUCGCCGGGCCCCUGCUGCGGUCCACGAUCAACGACACUUUUGUGACCAAGGGCUCUGGGUGGGCGGCAACCGACUACUCGGAUGGAAACAACUACGAAUGUUCGCAAAUCACCAACCUCGACUUUGAUGGAGAUAGCUCCUAUGAGGGCACUGGACUGGCGUAUGCGUCGUACGGUGCGGAGAGCAACCACACGCUCAUGCUGUACCGUCUUGGCCAUUGGGACGAGAACGCCGGGAUCGAGACCACACCCGUCAAUGCAAGUCUCGCAGACGGUGUGGUGGGCGCGAAGCAGGGUGUCGAGAUGCAGACGGCGCUGGAGGGCGUGUUGGACUGGGGUCUAGCAUAUGCGUGCACUGGGUUGCGCGAUGGAGCGUCGAGUCCAGCGAGGAGGAUCGUAUACUGCUGGAUCAAAGAGGCCUUCGCUACUCAGGACGCGACCAAGUUCGUCACGCAGUACAUAUCAUCCCUGACGCUGCCAAGGGAGUUGUACGUCAAGCGGGUCGAUGGUGUGGUGAAUGACGAGCUCGUUCGCGAAAACGCCUCCUGGGCCAUCCUCGAUCCUUCCUCCUCUUCGAACAUUACGACCAUCCCUCUCACCCAAUUUGCGGGGUCGACCGCAGCAAAUCGCUCAACGGUCGACCUUGUCAUGCUGGGCAUCAAGCCCGCAGCGGAACUCUCGGCGUUCCGAACCAACGCAAACGACUCGUACCACCACCCGGCUCUCACCCUCCAACCGCAGGACUUUAACGACAACGCAUCGUGCAUCGCUUCACUCAACCCCGAACUGCGUACCAUCACGGCGGGCGACAACGCGACGCUGAUCCACGAGCUCUUCAUCCCGCUCCCGCGUCACCCUUCGAGCAGGCACUACGAGUUGUCCACCACGAUCACGUUCCCCCUUUCCUCGUUGCGCAACGACACUGCCGACUUUGCUGCGGGCAUCUCGCUCCUCCGCACCCCGCAGUCCAGCUCCACAUCCGAAGAUGUGGCGGUGGUCUAUCAGCCACGGAACGAAUCUGUUAUCGUGCAGAAGCGCACUGCUCUCGGCGCUUCCUCCGUCCUCACAACACCUGAAGUCGGCAAGCUUCGACUGUGGAACACCACUGCUGGACUGGAGAAGCUUCACCUGCGCCUCUUCGUCGACGGUUCCGCGCUCGAGGUGUACAUCAACGACCGAUUCGUCCUGACCACUCGGGCGUACUACUGGUUCGCUGACGCCACGAGGGUAGGCUUCGUCUAUCAGAUGCCGCACAACUCGACGAUGCGUGGAGAGGAAUGGAAGGUCAAAUUUGAGAAUACGACGUGGUGGGAGGGUCUCACGGAGGCAUAUCCGAAUAGGCCGACGGACAAGGAGGAGCUGAUCAAGCAGGCGAUGGGUUACCCUGAGCCGGAGAACAAUCCCAAUGCUGCUGGGAUCAUCUACAAUGGCACUGGUCCGUCACCGCCCUUCCCAAAUCUUGGAUAG